CUCAGGAUGGCAUAUAUUCAUGACAUUAAUACUGCCUGAGAUUUACUGCCUGAGGUUUCUGAGACACUGAAUUGUAGGUGAUAACACUCUUCCUUUUUGUUGUAUUUGUUUUGACUUUUUAAUGAAUAUGAGUAUUUUGCCUGUGUGCACGAAUAUCCAUCCACAUAAUGUAAUGCCUGGUCCCCAUAGUAGUCAGAAGAUAGCUUCAGAAUUCCUGCCCUUGGAGUAAUGGAUAGUUGUGAAUCCCCCUUGUAAGUACUGGCAAUUGAGCUCAAUUAUUUGCAAUACCAUCAAGAGCUCUUCACUGCUGAGCCAUCUAUCCUGUCCUAUGUUGCUUAUUUAGGACCAACAUUUACAUUGCCAAUAUUUUCAUCUGUCUGUUUGUGUCUGCAUCCCCUUUUAAUAAGAUCUCAUUACUAUUAAUAGUUUAAAUUUAGGCACUUCAGUAUUCUGAAAGAUGAAUAUAGAACUGGAGUGAAUGUAUAAUUCUUUGUAGGAACUCCAUUAAAAACCUCUGAGUUCUUUCUCUCAUUCUUGUUUGUUUGAUUGAUUUUUACAGGAGAGACAGGGUCUUAAUAUAUACCUCUGGCUGUUCUGGAUAGACCAGGCUGGCAUCCAACUCAAUGAGAUAUACCUGCCACUGCUUCCUGAAUGCUGGGAGCCAAUAUGCUCAUGUUGCCCAUCAUUUUUUUGUAUGUAGUAAUUUUUCAUACAAUUUCUCUGAUGUGUGUAGUACUGUUUGCUUCUCUCUCUCUCACACACACACACACACAACUAGCAUUUCUAUUGUAAGUUUAUAUCCUAUUCAAAGAGCAAAGAAAUGACAGAGGUGAAUCUUAUUAUUCAGUUUCUUUCUAAGAUGACUUGGUAAUUACAUUAGAACUUCUAGGUCAAGAAAUAAGUGGGAGAAGCACCAAAAUUAUACAUAUAUAUUGUCGAUGAAGCUUAUGUUUACAGUCAUGUUGUUAUCAUGGUUUCUGUUAUACACAUGUAUGGGAUAUUUUAGGAUGCAGUAACCUAUGAUGAUGUGCAUGUGAACUUCACUCAAGAAGAAUGGGCUUUGCUGGAUCCUUCACAGAAGAGUCUCUACAAAGAGGUGAUGCUGGAGACCUACAAGAAUCUCACUGCUAUAGGCUACAACUGGGAAGAUCAUAAUAUUGAAGAACAUUGUCAAAGUUCCAGAAGACAUGGAAGGAAUGAUGGAAGUCAUAAUGGAGAGAAGCCCUCUGAAUAUACUCAGUGUAGUAAAGCCUUUGCAUGUCACAGUUUUCCUCAAGGGCAUGAAAGACUUCAAACUGAAGAGAAACCCUAUGAAGGUAUUCAGUAUUAUGAAGCCUUUGUACAUCACAGAAGUCUGCAAUUACAUAAAAGAACACAUGGUAGAGAGAAACCCUACAAAUGCAAUCGAUGUGAUAAAGCCUAUCCACGACACAGUCAUCUCCAAAGACAUAAAAGAACACACACUGAAGAGAAACCUUGUGAAUGUAAGCCAUGUGAUAAAGCUUUUACAUACCAUUCUCAACUUCAAAAUCUUGAAAGAAUUCAUUUUGGCAAGACACUCUACAAGUGUAAUGGAUAUGAUAAAACCUAUUCACAACACAGUAAUAUCCAAAUGCACAAAAUAACACAUACUGGAGAGAAACCCUAUGAAUGUAAGCAGUGUGAUAAAGCCUUUGCAGAUCAGAAUAAUCUUAAAAGACAUGAAAGAAUUCAUACUGGAGAGAAACCUUACAAAUGUAAUGACUGUAGUAAAGCCUUUGCAUGUAACACUAGUCUCCGAAUACAUAAAGCAGCCCAUACUGGAGUGAAACCUUAUGAAUGUAAGCAAUGUAGUAAAUCUUUUGCCUCUCAUGGUGAACUUCAAAGUCAUGAAAAAAUUCACACUGGAGAGAAACCCUACAAAUGUAAUCAGUGUGGUAAAGCCUUUGCACAUCAUUGUAAUCUUCGAAAUCAUGAAAUAAUACAUAGUGGAGAAAAACCCUACAAAUGUAAUGGAUGUGAUAAAGCUUAUUCACAACACAGUCAUCUCCAAAGACAUAAAAGGACACAUACUGGAGAGAAACCCUAUGCAUGUAAGCAAUGUGGUAAAGCCUUUACAUACCAUUUUGAACUUCAGCAUCAUGAACAAGUUCACACUGGAGAGAAACCGUAUGCAUGUAAGCAAUGUGAUAAAGCCUUUAUGUACCAUUCUGAACUUCAACGUCAUGAGAGAGUUCAUACUGGAGAGAAACCCUACAAAUGUGAUCAAUGUGAAAAAGCCUUUGCACAACAUUGUAAUCUUCGAGCACACAAAAUAAUACAUACUGAAGAGAAACCCUACAAAUGCAGUAAGUGUGAUAAAGCCUAUUCACAACACAGUACUCUUCAAAUACAUAAAAGUACACAUACUGGAGAGAAACCCUAUGAAUGUGAUCAGUGUGGUAAAGCGUUUGCAUAUCCUAGUUAUCUUCAAAGACAUAAAAGAACACACACUGGAGAGAAACCCUAUAAAUGUAAUCAAUGUGGUAAAGCCUUUGCACAACACGGUCAUCUCCAAAUGCAUAUAAUGAUACAUACUGGAGAGAAACCUUACAAAUGUAAUCAGUGUGGUAAAGCCCUUGCAUCUCAUAGUUAUCUCCGAGUACAUAAAAGAACACAUACUGGAGAGAAACCCUAUGGAUGUGAUCAAUGUGGUAAAGCCUUUGCACAACACAGUUAUCUCCAAAUACAUAAAAGAAUACAUACUGGAGAGAAACCUUAUAAAUGUAAUCAAUGUGGUAAAGCUUUUGCAUCUCAUAGUAAUCUCCAAGUACAUAAAAGAACACAUACUGGAGAAAAAGCCUAUGAAUGUAAUCAAUGUGGUAAAGCCUUUGCAUACCAUAGUUGUCUUCAAAUACAUAAAAGAAAACAUACUGGAGAGAAACCCUAUAAAUGUAAUCAGUGCAAUAAAGCCUUUGCACAACACAGUGACCUCCAAAUGCAUAUAAUAACACAUACUGGAGAGAAACCUUACAAAUGUAAUCAAUGUGGUAAAGCCUUUGCAUCUCAUAGCUAUCUCCAAGUACAUAAAAGAACACAUACUGGAGAGAAACCCUAUGAAUGUGAUCAAUGUGGUAAAGCCUUUGCAUACCAUGGUCGACUUCAAAUACAUAAAAGAACACAUACUGGAGAGAAACCCUAUGAAUGUAAUCAGUGUGGUAAAGCAUUUGCACAACACAGUAAUCUCCAAGUACAUAAAAGAACACAUACUGGAGAGAAACCCUAUGAAUGUAACCAAUGUGGUAAAGCCUUUGCAUAUCAUAGUUAUCUCCAAGUACAUAAAAGAAUACAUACUGGAGAGAAACCCUAUGAAUGUGAUCAAUGUGGUAAAGCCUUUGUAUAUCAUAGCCAUCUUCAAAUACAUGAAAGAACACAUACUGGAGAGAAACCCUAUGAAUGUAAUAAAUGCGAUAAAGCCUUUGCAGGUCAGAAUGAUCUUAAAAGACAUGAAAGAAUUCAUACUGGAGAGAAACCUUACAAAUGUAAUGACUGUAGUAAGUCCUUUGCGUGUAAUACUAGUCUCCGAAUACAUAAAGCAGUCCAUACUGGAGUGAAACCUUAUGAAUGUAAGCAAUGUAGUAAAUCCUUUGCCUCUCAUGGUCAACUUCAAAGUCAUGAAAGAAUUCACACUGGAGAAAAAUCUUACAAAUGUAAUCAAUAUGGAAAAGCCUUUGCAUGACACAGUCAUCUCCAACUGCAUAAAAUAACAUACUGGAGAGAAGAAACCUUACAACUAUAGUCAAUGUAAAGCCUAUUCACAAUCAAGUUACCUCCAAGUACAUGAAAGAACACAAACUAGAGACUAACCCUAUGAAUGUAACCAAUGUGGUAAAGCCUUUACAGGUCACAGUGAUCUUCAAAGGUGUGGUGGUUUGAAUAUGUUUGGCCCAUGGUAAGUGGCACUGUUAGGAGGUAAGGCCUUUAUGGAGUAGGUGGGACCUUCUUUGAGGAACUAUGUCACUGUGGGGGUGAGCUUUGAGAACCUAUGCUUAAGUUGCAGGGCAGAAGAGUCUUCUCCUGGCUGCCUUCUGAUCAAGAUGUAGAACUCUCGGCUUCUCCAGCACUGUAUCUGCUUGGACACUGCCAUUUCUUCUGCCAUGGUGAUAAUAAACUGAACAUCUGAAUCUGUACACUACCCCCAAUUAAAUGUUGUCCUUUAUCAGAGCAGUUUUGGUCAUGGUAUAUUUUCAUAACAAUAAAACUCAAGACAAAAAGCAUAAAAAAUACCACACUGGAGAGAAACCCUUUAAAUGUAUUGAAUAUGGUGAAGCAUUUGUACAUUUCUAUAGUCCUCAUUAUAAUAAAAGUAUUCAUACUUCCAUUCACUGAAACCCUGUGAAUGGAAACAAAGUACAAUCUUUGUCCUUUACUGUUAUCUCUGAAUGCACUAACAAACCCAUACUAGAGAAAAACCUUAUGAAUGUGCUCACUGUGGUAAAGUCUCUGUGUUUUGAAAUCUGCAUAGAUGCAUAACAGUUCAAACACCUGGUCAAAGUAAAUGCCAGGAGUUGCUAUAGUUAAGUUGUUUGGGUUAGAAGGUUAUGGGUUAAGUUAGUGUGCUUGGGGUUACGGUUACUAUUAGAAAGUUAAUUGUUGACAAGCCCCAUCCGGUUCGACCAGCACCGGGGUAGCUAGGGCGCAGAGUCGGCUGACACCCGCCAGCUACCCACAAC